UAUCACACAUCACACAUACAUCUUCCAAGAUGGCGGGUGGUAUGGAUUUAGCGCAGAAAACUAUGAUGAUAAAGGACCAGGAAGAUGAGAGCCAGUUUGGAUACGUCUUUGGCGUCUCUGGCCCAGUGGUGAUUGCUGAGAAUAUGAGCGGUGCUGCGAUGUACGAGUUGGUUCGUGUAGGGUACAGUGAAUUAGUUGGAGAGAUCAUUCGAUUGGAAGGAGACAUGGCUACGAUUCAGGUCUACGAGGAAACUUCUGGAGUAACUGUUGGAGACCCAGUAUUAAGGACUGGUAAACCGUUAUCUGUUGAACUUGGACCAGGAAUUAUGGGAAGUAUUUUUGAUGGGAUUCAAAGACCCCUAAAGGACAUCAGUGAGUUAACCCAGAGUAUUUACAUUCCACGUGGUGUGAACACUGAUGCGCUCAGCAAGACAGCACAAUGGGAAUUCAUUCCAGAGGGUUACAAGGUUGGUGAUCAUAUCACUGGUGGGGACAUCUAUGGAUCAGUUGUAGAAAACACCUUUAUCAAUCAUAAGAUUAUUCUUCACCCUAAAGCAAGAGGAACCAUAACAUACAUAGCACCGCCUGGUAGCUAUUCUAUAACAGAUACAGUAUUAGAAACUGAAUUUGAUGGAGAGAAAGCCAAGCAUAAAAUGUUGCAGGUUUGGCCUGUUCGUCAAAUGAGACCAGUGACAGAGAAGCUGGCUGCUAAUAAUCCACUACUGACAGGGCAAAGAGUUUUGGAUGCACUUUUCCCGUGUGUCCAGGGAGGUACCACAGCUAUUCCUGGAGCAUUUGGUUGCGGUAAAACAGUCAUUUCUCAAUCUCUGUCCAAGUAUUCCAAUUCUGAUGUCAUUAUUUAUGUGGGCUGUGGUGAAAGAGGAAACGAGAUGUCAGAAGUACUUAGAGACUUCCCCGAGUUGACUGUAGAAAUCAAUGGACAAGUAGAAUCAAUCAUGAAGAGAACAGCUUUGGUAGCGAACACAUCUAAUAUGCCAGUAGCUGCUAGAGAGGCGUCCAUCUACACUGGUAUAACACUGUCGGAGUAUUUCCGUGACAUGGGUAAGAAUGUAAGYAUGAUGGCUGAUUCUACUUCCCGGUGGGCUGAAGCACUGCGUGAGAUCUCUGGUCGUUUAGCUGAAAUGCCUGCAGAUAGUGGUUAUCCAGCCUACUUGGGUGCCCGUCUGGCUUCCUUCUAUGAGCGGGCUGGCCGUGUGCAAUGUCUUGGAAAUCCCCAGAGAGAGGGUAGCGUGACCAUCGUUGGAGCCGUAUCCCCCCCUGGAGGUGACUUCUCAGAUCCAGUCACCUCAGCUACUUUGGGUAUCGUUCAGGUAUUCUGGGGAUUGGACAAAAAGCUGGCUCAACGUAAGCACUUUCCUUCAAUCAACUGGCUCAUCAGCUACAGCAAGUACAUGAGAUCAUUGGAUGAUUUCUAUGAAAAGAACUACCCUGACUUCGUGUCUUUGAGGACCAAGAUCAAGCAGAUCUUACAGGAAGAAGAAGACCUCUCAGAAAUUGUACAGCUGGUUGGUAAGGGUUCUCUUGCCGAGUCAGACAAGAUUACACUCGAAGUUGCCAAGCUUCUUAAAGAUGAUUUCCUGCAACAAAAUGGCUACACUCCUUACGACCGCUUCUGUCCCUUCUACAAGACUGUGGGAAUGCUGUCUAAUAUAGUCUUAUUCUACGAACAAGCUAGACAUGCUGUAGAAACUACUGCACAGUCAGAUAAUAAGAUUACCUGGGCUGUGAUCAAAGAUAACAUGGCUAACACGCUAUAUGCACUUUCUUCAAUGAAGUUUAAGGAUCCUGUCAAAGAUGGUGAAGCGAAAAUCAGAGCUGAUUUUGGCGAAUUAGCGGAGCAAAUUCAACAAGGAUUCCGUUCAUUAGAAGAUUAGAUAAAUACAUUUGACAUCUUGUCAAGCAAGAUAUUUUGUCACACUAGUGUUUUUUAUUCAAUUUACCAAUUCAUGGUUCCGAAUCUCCUUAGUUACCGUUGCUAUGUCCCAUAACCUCAACAAUAUUAUAAAAUUCUAAUCGUGGAAAAAAUUGAUAAUUUCUGUGAAAAUAGAAGAGAAUUGCCCCGUAAUCCUUGUGCUUUUUAAAGCAGAUGCUGUGUUGUUGUUUGUGGGACACGAUUUUAAUUAUGUUGGGAAAACUACUACAACGGUGAUUGGUUCACUGCAGUCGGAACCAAGAAUUCAAUAUAUUUCACAAUGUAAGCUUUUUUCGACAGAAUUUCAUUCACUAAAUCCAAAAAACUUAUUCUUGUCAGGGGAAAAAAGGAAAAUGGCCUUACUAGUAAGCGCCUCAUGAUAAAGCUUUAAACAAUUAAAAGGAUUAUUAUUGGAAUUUAAAAAGCGACUUUUAAGUGGCCUUUGUUUACCUGACUCAAAUCGGCUGUAGUUCAGUAUUUAGUAGACCACAAUCAGUGCCAUUUAAAUGCAUAAAGCAAUUGGUCUUGUGGUAAGUAAGCCUACUGAGCCACGAGAAAUCUCCUCAAUUCGCGAAGUGUUAGCUCCACUUUACUUUGCCUCAGGGCGAGAACUUUUAUCAAUGAUUUCUUUCAAAAGAUCCUUGAUCUGAAUUCUAAAGAUUACUGUUUCAAUAAGGUUGUAUGAUCAAAUAUGUGGUGGGAAACUGAAGUAAAGAGGUUUGCGUGCUGUUUGUGGUGUCAAAUAAACGGAUUAAUUAAUAUGCGCAUUCAAAGAGUGGAUCAAAUCCUCAAUAAAUGGAAUAUUUGUUUAUCCUA